AAUGUGAAAGUGAUGAUGAGUAUAUAAACUUGAGUGACCCGAUCGUUACCCGUUUUUGUUUCCGAAAUUGAAUUCUGAUUCGGAGCUCCAAUAACCGCAUGGAAGGAGGUGGAGGAACGCUAUCGGAGAUUCACCAAACCGCAAGAAAACUCUUGCUGAGAACACGCGACGGUCUCGAACGUCUCGAGCGCCUAGAGUAUUCCAAUUCCUCUUCAUCAUCAUCCGAUUUCUCCUUCUCCGUAAACAAUGACAUCGCUCAGAUCCAAUCUCUCUGCGUUGAUAUGGAUCGUCUCUCACGCUCUAUUGGUGCAAAAUCGCAACGCGAUCUCUGGAAAAGGAAAAUCGAACAAAUAGCUGAAGAAGCUGAAUCGUUAAGAGAUAGUUUAGAGAAAUAUAACUCUCGGAAUCAUAAACGAAUGAUGGAAGCUAAAGAGAGAGCAGAACUUCUGGGAAGAGCUAAUGGUGAUUCUAGUCAUGUAUUGAGGAUUUAUGAUGAGGAGGCGCAGGCGAUGCAGUCGGUUCGUAGUUCUGCACGUGAAUUGGAAAAUGCUAAUGCACUUGGGGAGACAAUACUUUCAUCUAUUCAUGGACAAAGGGAACGCUUGAAGAGUGCACAGAGGAAAGCAUUGGAUGUUCUCAAUACAGUGGGGAUAUCAAACCGUGUUUUGAGGCUAAUUGAAAGACGUAACCGUGUUGAUCAAUGGAUCAAAUAUGUGGGAAUGAUAUUGACUAUCAUUUUCUUGUUUGCUUUUGUUCUAUGGAGACGUUAACACUGGCAGUUGUUGAAAAUUUGACAUAUUUCUCAAAUUCCUCGGCGGAAAGUGUAUAAAAUUUUGAUGUAAGGUCUUUUAAGGCUGACCAGAGCAGUUUUCCAGAAAAUUUGCUUCUUCGAUGACAUACAGAAACUGCUUAUAAAUCUCAUGUUUAUUACUGCUUAUAAAUCUCAGGUUUACCCUAGAUAUAUUAUAGUUUGUUCAGAUUCAAAGAUAGGAUCUAAGACUAGUAGCACACUGAAAUGAUAAAAACUCACUCCUCUUAUUGAUUUUAUAAUAUUUGGUUAGUUAAUUAUUGUAUAUUAGUAUAAUUUUCAUUGUAAAAGUUCAUAUACAUACUACUGGAUUUCUUUUACUAGUGUUGAGGAUAGCUAGUAUGUAAAAAGAUUUAUUUUAUUACCA